AUGAUGGAGGAUACUUCAGCAGCGUGCUCCGUUUCAGAGCAUUUGGGAAACGAGGAGGAACCGCCUCCACCUAAAAAGACAAAAUUAGACACGCCAGGAGACGCUCAGCCAAAGAAGCUUCUUGGACUGGUGGAUCACCACAGUGAGCCACAGGCCCUGCCGGCAGACUGGGUGGCUGUGCAUCACGUGAGCGGUGCCACAGUCUACCUGCACCAGCCGACUCGCGUGGUGACAUUUUCUCGACCAUACCAAGUCCCCACUUCCAAGACAAUCAGGAGUAUCCCCUGUCUGGAGCAGUGGCUGUUUGCUGAGGGUCAGAGGUCGGAGCUGGCACUCGCCUGGCAUCGUCAGCAGGGGGAGGGGGGACCUCGCAACUGCAGCCUAGUCAAAAUUGGUCCAGAGAGGCUGAGGGAGUACUUGGGUCUUCGCUGGGAGUCCUCUCUACUUACAGAGGCUGGUUGUCGUUCUGCACUCCGUGAAGGGGGAGGGGGGAGAAGGAGGGAGAGAGGGAGGGGGGACGAGAGGAAGAAAAAGACCCCACAGAAAACAAAGCCUGUCAUUCCAAAAGGUCUGUCCAAAGUGGUGAAAGUCAAGGUGCCACCUGAGUACAGGAGUCUAGUAAAACACCAAGAAGGCAAGACACCACCUGCUGUGUGGGAAGUAAACCUGUCCACUAAGAAUGCCACUACAGUUCUCCACGAGUUUUGUCAACUCUAUUUCCACGCUUCUCCCUCCUUCUCCUUCUCAGACACCAGUCAGUCCUUCUCUCUUCCUCUCUCUCUCUCUCUCUCUCUCUGUGUUAAUGAGUUCAUUUGUGGGGCCCUGAUAGAGGGGCCUCCCUACUGCUGCGAGGUGAAAGUGGGCGGAGUCAACUACGGCAGCGGGAAGGCAGUUAACAAAAGGGUUGCCAAAGUAACCGCAGCUGCCGAGGCACUGGAGGUCUUUCUGCCUGGGGCCUUCCCCUCUCAUCUCCUACUGCCUGCUGACGACGUCGCCGGCAGACACAGCAGUCUCUCAACCCUCUCAGAGGAGGGACUCCAGUUGUUGUCAGGUCUGACAGUGGAGGACCCGAAUGCUCCGUCAGUACUGGCUCGAACAGGAUUCCCCUCUCCCUGGCAGACACUCAAAAACUCACUCAUCUGGAAUAAAGAUUUACUGUUGUCUGACAAGUUGAGUCUUGACCUCCGACCCCUAAGUGAUAGCCAAAGCCACGCCUCCUCGUCAGUUCCCGCAAACCACCAUUUUGAGUGUGUGCUGCGGUGUGGGGAGGAAGGGGGAGAGGGUAAGGGUGUGGUUGAGGUAAGGGUAACUUGUGUCGGCCGGAAAGAUGGACAACAAGCUGCUGCUCAAGCCAUGCUAAAGAAUAUUCAUCCUUUUGUCACUAAUUGGGGGUCGCUACUCAAACUUUAUUCCCGUACUCCCCCUCAGUCACCAAGGCAACCGGAGCUUCCUCCUUCGUCUGUUACCGAGGGGUGUGGCCUGUUGUCAGAGGCGGACCAAAAGUUGCUGCAUAGACUGAGAGAGUCAAUGUUUCAACUGUCAAGAGAGAGGGGAGGGAGGGAGGGAGGAGGGAUCAGAGAAGGCGUGAAACAGACAACGGAAGCAGAGGGGGGGCAGGCGCAGGAGAAAGUGACUGCAGCCUAUUUGCAUCAAAGUCAUCUUUGUCUGUUGCAAGGAGAGCAGGACUUAUCAUCUUCUCACCACUGACAAUCACCUCACCCCUGAACUGUUCAUCAUCUCACCACUCAUUGUCCAACCUGACAGCCCCAUUAUUUGACUGAUGCAAUUCAAAACAGAUCAUAGAUAAUAAAUACGUAUUAUAAUAGUGAUAAAAUUAAU